AGCGCAGAAAAAGAGGAGGGGGGGCCGGUGGAAGGAGGCGGCCGCGAGGAGGCAGUUUCUCUCUCCAGUCUCUUCCCCGUCGUCUUUGUCUCGCGCCACUCUUUUGUUUAGCCAUGCCGAGCCUGCUGGUGCUCGCAGGGAUCAUGGAGAAAAACGGGGGCUACGGCGCCGAUCUUGCCGGCUCCGGCUUCGGGGGCGAGGCGGGUCUGCUGGGUCCCCCCGACGACGACGAGGACGACUCCCGCGCCCUGAGGGUCGCGCUCGGCCAGCUGUCGCUCCUGGGGCUCGGCGAGGGCGAGGACGGUGGAGGAGGAGGUGGUGGAGGUAGUGUUGUUAUCGGCGGCGGCGGUGGAGCUCCGACGUGCGGAGUGCAAGACCGGAGCAACAACAACAACAACCACCACAAUAGUGGAGGAGGAGGAGGAAUUGGGGGAAUCGGUGGAAUGGGAGGCGGAGGAGACGCGUCGAUCCUCCAAGGCAAGAGCAAGUUGUGCGCCCUGUACGAGAGCUCGUCCGGGGAGCCCAAAGGACGCGGCUGCAACAUCACCGAAUGCGUCCCAGUGCCCAGCUCCGAGCAUGUGGCCGAGAUAGUGGGCAGGCAAGGUUGCAAGAUAAAAGCCUUACGGGCCAAGACCAACACCUACAUCAAGACCCCUGUCCGAGGCGAGGAGCCCGUGUUCCUGAUCACCGGCCGUAAGGAGGACGUGGCUCUGGCCCGCCGCGAAAUCAUCUCUGCCGCCGAGCACUUCUCCAUGCUCAGGGCGUCGCGCAACAAGCUGGGCGUGUCUUUCAGCGGCUCCCCGCCGACCCCGCUCCCGGGCCAGACCACCAUCCAGGUGAGGGUGCCGUACCGAGUGGUGGGUCUGGUGGUGGGCCCCAAAGGCUCCACCAUCAAGCGCAUCCAGCAGCAGACCUGCACGUACAUCGUCACCCCCAGCCGGGACCGGGACCCCGUUUUCGAGAUCACGGGCUCACCGAGCAACGCCGAGCGAGCCCGCGAGGAGAUCGAGGCGCACAUCGCCUUCCGGACGGGAGGCCUGCACGACCACAACAACGAAAACGACUGCCUGGGCCCCAACGGCGGAAGCAGUCCGGCCGGGAGCAGCGGGAGCGGCGGCGGGGGCCUGGAGAGUCGACUCCAGCAAGUGUGGGGCCUCCAGGGGGGCCAGCGGAAACCUCUGACCAGCAGCUACCGCCAGAACUUCUCCGAUGCCCUCGGGGGAGGAGGGAGCGGCGACGGCGUGGGGAUCUACAAUAAGGGCAACUUCUCCAGCUCCGGAGAGAAGCCGUGCUCCUUUUUCGGCUCGGAGGGCACCCAGAGCUGGGGCGACCCCGACUACCCCAAGCAGAUGGCUUUCUACGCCCAGCAGCGAUCCAAAAGCUUCGGCGGGCUCCCGCUGCCCCUCACUAGACUCUCGCCGGGGCUCCCGGAACCGCCGGCCAAUUCGUCCGUCGGCGGCAUGGCGUCGCCCCACGCGCAGGCUCGCCGCGCCCACAGCGAGCCCACCUCGGCCGGGGAGGGCGGCUUUCCCGGGCGGCUCCCCGUGCCGGACUCGCCGCCGGCCGUGCGGGACUGCAUGACCUGCUUUGAGAGCAAAGUGACGGCCGCCCUGGUGCCGUGCGGCCACAACCUCUUCUGCAUGGAGUGCGCUAUCCGAAUCUGUGAGCUCAACCACCCCGAGUGUCCCGUGUGCCACACGCAGGUUUCGCAGGCCAUCCGAAUAUUCUCUUAAGGAUUCCUUUUUAGCCAGUUGUGUGGUUUAUUUUUAUUUUUUUCGGUCUCUCGUUUGUCGGUCGGCUAAUUAGUUGCUCUUAUUACGGUUGUUGUUAUUAUUCUUAUUCCUAUUAUUGCGAUACAUUUUUCAUUUUUCAGAAAAAUUUUAAAACAAUCAAGCAGCUAUUUUAGAAGGCACUGCUUGCUUUACUAAAAAGUAUAAGAGAUAUUUUUCAGUUUUUCUUUUAUAUACAUAUAUAUGCAUAUAUAUUUUAUAAAAGUUUGGUUUAUAAGAGAAGUAUAGUACCUUUUCAGGUUUUGAUUUUUUUUUUCCUGGUAUUUUGUUUUUUUAUGAUGGGACUGCUGCUGUUGUUCUUAAACACAGAAUGGCAGUGUAGGCCGACAUAAUGUGAACAUUUUAUUAUUACUCCGAUUUUUUUUGUAUGAUCACGUUACCAUGAAGUGGGUUUAUAUGGGUGGAGGAUGAUUUAAUUCACACCGCACCAAACAAUCAUCUCGGGUCUAAAAGAGGGUCGUCAAUCAGACUUUUUGAAUCAUUUUAUUAUGCUUUGACAGAAAAUGUGAAAAGGUUUUAGUCAAAGCACUUCUUCCGUAGAUAUUUCUUUUGGGGGGGGGCAUUACAUUAUUAUUUGCCAUUUUAUCGGUGUCAUUGUUCAGUGCAUCGGCCCCCAAAAUGUGCAAAUCUCAUUCGGGGCGGUGCAUUGAUUACACAAGGCUCGCUGUAAUCUGCGGAAAAGAUUCAGUGAUGCUUGCCUUCCCCUCGUAGCCUCGACAAACGCCCCCCCCCCCUCCAAGCCACCUUCUCUUUGUCAUUACUAUUACAUUCGUCACUAGACAAUGUGAGCAAACCUCAUGCAAAUAAGACGAUCUUUUUCUUUUUUUUUUUUUUACAUUUGGCGUCUGGCUGGAGCAGGUGUGUGGAUAUCUGGUCACCCCCGCCCCAUGGUCCCCUUCUCUUACAGUGUGACCCUCCCUUGGAUUGAGGAGCGUUAUUGUGUGUGGACGCUCGGACAGCAGGGCCCGGCGGGCGCUCUUUCGAUAAUUAGGCAAAUGGGCCGGUCCAGGUGCAGAUCGGAGCGGAGAAUCCAACCCCCCCACAGACAAGAUUUGUAAGCUGCACCAUUGAUGAAAACCAUGUGGCCAUGUUAAAAAGAAUGGUCCUAUCACAUGAGGUGUAGCGUGCCCCCCCCCCAUUAACCCCCCCCCCUCUCUCACAAACACACACCAACUGUGAAAUUCAAAACAGGGUUUACGUGACAGAUCCAAAUAGGCCAACCCGACGACCCCUCCCUGGCUACUGUAAGGGAGAUCCAGCAGCUGCCCCUUCACUAUGGACACUGAGGCCCCCAGCCAAUGGGAGACACCCCCCCCCCCCUUCCUCACCCAGCCUCCCUACUCCCCACCCUAGCUUGAAUGAAAUCAGACAAUUGUAAUUGGCAGGAAAGCGGAGGAAACGCCCCAUUGAACCAGCACUCACUCUGAAUCAAAUUAUGCUCAAGCCCGAGCAAGAAGGGGAUGGGGGGGGGGGGGGGGGGGGGAUUGGGUCAACGGGUUAACAUAAGAAGGUGGGGGUUGUUGAAUAAAAGGGAAAGAGGGUGUUUUGUUAGUUUGGGGGGAGCGCCAUCUAGGGGUGGGAAUGUUAGAGUCCAUAUUAUACCGAACAAUACUGUCCCAAUUAUAUGAUAAAGCAUGUAUUGAUAGCUAUGAUACAUUAUAAUAUUCACAGCAGAAUAAUUACGCUAUCUAAUAAAACUUCCGAAUUUUGCUGUCAUAGCAUUGGCGGAAGAACUUUGUCCGAUUGCUCGUCUACGCUGCUUUCAAACACAAGGGGGCGUAUUUACAUGGUAGUACUUCAAUGGGUGGAAGUCUUGCUAGCAAAUGUCGGGUUAUCCAUACUGUGAUAAUGGUGCAAUGUAUCAUGAUAUCAAUACAUGUUUCCAAGCCUAGAGAACAUGAGGCUUGAAACUGUUUUAAAGGUAUUGAGUAUCGAUCGCCAAUGUCGGAGUAUCGUUACUGAGAAGAUGCAAUGUAUUGCAAUAUCACUUCAGCUUGAGCCAUCAAACUGUUUUAAAGGUAUCAGGUAUCGAUACUUGGAUGACGAUGAUACACUGCAAUAUCGAUACUGCGGCUGAUAACUAGAAAACCUGUAUCGCCUCGGCUUGAGCCUUUAAACUGUUUUCAAUUCCGCUUUUAAGGUAUCGGGGUAUCGAUGCCAAAUGUUGGUCUACUGAUAAUGUGGUAAUGAUGUGAUGUAUCACGAUAUCGAUAUUUUCUCCCACUCCUAGAGGAGUCAUCUGGCCUUUUUAAAAUUGUGUCCCAGCCACCCUCAAGAGACACCCCCCCCCCCCACCUGAAGCGCCCCCCCCUUGUCCUCCUAUUAAGAGCCAAACACAGAGCAAAGCAUGUGGAACACUUAAAAAUAAAAGUACCUUCAAUUCUACAGAGAGUAGAAAUACAGAGUAUCAUUCUAUGGAGAAACUGCACAGUCAACAACAACAAAAAAUCUUAGUAUUUUUGUUUUAUGCCUUAAUGUUACAUUUUUUGUUUAUUCCAAUAAUGCCAUUUAGGCUAACAUGUUGGCCUUCCAUUGCACCACCCCCUUAAAACAACUUUUCAAGUUAAAGAAUGUGAAUCACACUUGGCUUAGGAAGGGGUUCAGGAAAUGACACCCUCAACCCGUCUGUUAUGUCGCGGGUCAAAUUGACCCAUUUUAACACGAAAGAACAACAUUAAAAGUCAUUUUUGGGUAUGAACAGACACAUAUUGGCUAGGAAAUGUUUGUAAUGCAGCUAAUGAUUUUCUUUUGUUUCGUUUCUGACCCUUUUGUCUCAAUUACUUGUCACGAGUCACAUUGACCCAAGAACGUUAUUGCUGUUCCUGAGCAACAAACAGCGGGGUUAAAAACACAAUAUAAAUAUGAAGAGUUAAGCACCUUAUUUACCAAGAAAAAAAAAAACUGCGCAUCUGAUGAAUACCAAACCGACCACUGAUGGUGAAAUAUUUCCUAGAAUUUAAGAAAUGCACAUAAGGAUUCCCUAUCAUUUUUGUUUUAUGUUGUAUUUGUUGUUGCUAUCACGACGAGAGAGGGAUGCCGCCUCUUUAUAUAAGAGUAUUCAAAGACUCUUUGUAAAUAAAUACACAUUUAUUUGCGCAUUGGAUGCCCUGCUUCCACAAAGCUUUUGGAUUACUACGCCAAUUUAGCAGAGGAAAAAGAUUAUUAUUAUUAUUAUUAUUAUACGUUUUACCCAUCACUUUUUGACUUAGAUAAUAGCCUAUAUAUAUACGUUUAACAAAUAUUAUUUCAAGGGAUUAAUUUAGUAGUAUAUAAAUUAUCAGACGCUACUAUGAUAUCAUUUAUGAAGCCUCAACUGUAUAAAUCCCAAAUACGUAAAAGUUCCGAUAAAUUGUAUGUGUAAUAACAAUAAUAAUGAUAAUAAUAAUAACCCCUGAAUGAGGACACAAGUUUCUAUGUACAUUAAGAUGAAGCAAUAAACAGUAAUAUUCUAUUCAGACUACUUUGACUAUUAGCAUAUUAGCGUUUUGGUAGCUCGUCGCAGCUCUUUGAUUAGUAAAAAUGAAAAUUUAAAAAAAAAAGAAAAAAAACAGGAUAAUUACUGUGCUCUUCAGGGUCUUUUCUUUGAGUGAUAUGUUGAAUAUUAAGCACUCGUUUCAGGAGUUCUGAGCGGCACUGAGAAGACAAAAGUGGAAGCUAACAGUGCUAAUGGCACUAAUGGGGGGGCCUCUUAGCUUUUAGCGUAGCUUCCAAACUUCGCCUCUGCUUUGUAUUACGGUCACAUGUAGCCAAAGACCAACGUACGACCAGAGCCAACUUAGUAGUGUUAUAAAAAGCGAUAUUGUGAAAGCAAAUCUGUGAAAACAUAUCAGGUUUGGAACAGCCCCACAAUCGGGUCAUGCGUGGGUCAUAAUCCCCAAAAUAGGGGCUGACAAUUUUGAAGAGUUGUGACUUUGGCAAUUUCCACUGCAUGCUAGCAAGAUAUUGUACCGUAUAGCUAAGAGUUAUCCGCAUACAAAAAGGCUUUACGGCCUCAAAGCGAACGUGGGCUUUUCCCAAAUGGUAUACAGUAUUGCAGCGUAGUUUAAUCGAUACACGAAAAUAGACUUGUUAAGAAACGUGCGUAAGUUUCAUUUGUGCAGCUCGGACCGGCCGGUAUGAAAUACUUUGGAUUGAGACAGGAGCGACUUGAAAGGGGCGGAGAUGACUCGCGGCGACAUUGGAGUCGUUAAUUUUUCCGUAGUAUUAUUUUUUACGAUAUGGUAUUACGAUUUUUUUCUGUUUUAGUCAAAAUAGGAAGUGUUGAUGUUUUUUCUUGCUAUGGAAAUGGACUUAUGCAUUUAUGUAGAAUCCCUUUGAAGGAGUGAUAGGAAAUCCUUAUUCUCAAUGGAUGCACUUAAGCAAUUGUAACCAACUUUUUACAGAACUCGAGCAAGUAAUGCGUUUGAAUGUACGAAGAAAACACUCAACCGAAUGCACUCCUUCAUUUGUUUUUAUUACAAGCUUUAAGUUUUUGUUGUUGUUUUUGGGGGAAAGAAUUUGUGACGAGUUUUCAAUAUAUUUGAGUUCUUCCGCAUACAUUUAUAGAAAGUAACUUAAAACCAGAAAGAAAAAAACAUUACAGUUUUGUCAGAUCUAUUUUGCUAACAUUGGUUUUUAUUUCUUAGAAACGCAGAGAGUAAGGGGAAAAAAAAAAAAGUCAGUAUCUGGAUGUUAUUUAAGAAAACAAGCCUAUUUAAAAGACCUUUUGUUUUUUAAUUCAAAUGACAAGAAGUUAAUAUAUUUCUAAACAAGAUGGAGGGGGGGAAGUCAGUUUCUACGUAAAAAAAAGAAAAAAAAAGAAAAAAGUUUUAUUUAUGACGGUUAUGGACGCCGGACGACACUCGUGCCGCGCCCACGACAGAAUAAACUAUUUUUUAAGAAUUUGGAGAUAUUUUAGUCACAGAGCAUCAAUCUUGUGCCUCGAUUAUAUCAUUAUUAUUACUGUUAUUAUUCAUGUCCUGCAUUAGUAAAUCCCCCUUGCCGCUCCCCCCCAUGCACACAUAUGCCUUCAACUGUAAGCCCAUGGUACUGACUUACUGACUGCAUUACACAUUUUCUCUGUGAUUCAAAAUCCAAAACCAAGGUCUAGGUCUUGACUGCGUACAACGUUUUAUUUUGGCAUCUCCAAGUCUUUUUUUUUUUCGUUUUCUUGGAUCGACAGCAACAGAGCAGCUUGACAAAGGCCGAUUUUAUUAGGGGAUUUGGUGGGCCCUCAAAAACAAAAGUGAGGCCCCGGUGGUGUUUAACAGGGCGCACCAUGUUCUUAGAUCUCUGUACUGUAACUAGAUAGCACACAUAACACACAACAAGUUCAUUACUGUACUAGUUUGCAUGUAGUAUGUCGUGUGGUCACUUAGACUAGAUUUUCAUAGAUGAGAGCGUUUUCGGAGGUCAAAAGGUGGCGAGUUUUGACGCCGGUCGGUCCCCACGUCGGAUUUUGUAGGAACAGUGAGGCCACUUCUUUCACUUUUGCUGAAAAUGAAUGAAUGAAAAAUAACUGAUCUUAUGUAGACUCACUUUUGACCUGCUUAUUGUUAUUUAAUUGUGACAAUUAAAUAUAAAUACUAUUGUUCAGUUAACUCAUUGUGUUCAGUGACAAUAUAAGGAUCAGAAUUUUUGUUCCUAGAUUUUUCUUAAUAUGGAAUGGAUAUGAUCAAAAACUGAGAUUCACUGCCUAAUUUUUAUUGCUUACUCAAAAGCUACAAUCUCAAAUCCAAAGAAUUAGCCUCACUGUUCUAAUAUUUUUGGGUUGGCGAGUAUUCACCUCACAGCAAAUCAACUUGAAGUUCUUGUAGUUUAUGUAUUUAUUGGUCAAAACUUGACACAUUUCCUGCUGCAUGUGACGGGACCAAAGGUGAAAACUUGCAACCUUCCUCCGAAGACGGCCGACAGAUUGUCUCUUGGUAGCGUUUUCCAAUAUUUGCAGCACAAUUAGUGUGUGUGUGCGUGUUUCAUGCCGGUCUAAUAGUGGUGGUAGUGAGUUAGUUUACGGGCCAGCAUCAUCGGGCUGGCGUUAGUUUCUGGUUCCUCUGUAAACGGUGAAAAGAGGGUCGCCCCACCCCCCACCCCCUCACGCUCGUGUGUGUGUGUGUGUGGCGCUCUGUGGCUGACCGUCAACUUUUUUUUGAUGGAUGGGAACAAAAAUGACGAACAAAAAAAUGGAAAAAUUCAAAAAAAAAAUCUUUGAACUCUGUUACAGUGUGCCAUGCCCUCGACGAGGCAUGUGAUAUUGCAGGUUUAUUUCUUAUAGCACACAUUUUUUUCCGAGUGAAUUACAUUUUUUGGAAGACAUUUUUAUGAUUAAUUAUUAUUAUUAUUAUUAAUGUAUCUGCUCCAUGUUAGUUCUGGUUCUUUGUUAUUUUUCCAAGAUACAAGAUGUAUUGUAAAUGUUUCUAAUAAAAAGAACAAAAUGAAAAUGA